GAAAGGUCAUGUUCACACAAAAACCUGCCCAUGACUGUUCAUACCGGCCCUCCAUAAUUGCCCCAAACUGGAAACAGCCCAGAUGCCCUUGAGUGGAUGAGCGGAUGGGCUUCUGCAUCCAUCUGAUGGAAAACUCUGUGAUGAAGGGACAAACCUGCUGCCACAGCAACUUAUGGCAGGAACAGCAACCAAGCUGGACAGAUGACCUGCCGCUCUGCCACCUCUCUGGCGUUGGUUCGGCCUCCAACCGCAGCUACUCUGCUGAUGGCAAGGGCACUGAAAGCCACCCACCGGAGGACAGCUGGCUCAAGUUCAGGAGUGAGAACAACUGCUUCCUGUACGGGGUCUUCAACGGCUAUGAUGGCAACCGAGUGACCAGCUUCGUGGCCCAGCGGCUGUCUGCUGAGCUCCUGCUGGGCCAGCUCAGCGCCGAGCACACCGAGGCGGACGUGCGGCGCGUGCUGCUGCAGGCCUUCGAUGUGGUAGAAAGGAGCUUCCUGGAGUCCAUUGAUGAUGCGUUGGCUGAGAAGGCGAGCCUCCAGUCCCAGCUGCCAGAGGGUGUCCCUCAGCACCAGCUGCCUCCUCAGUAUCAGAAGAUCCUCGAAAGACUCAAGGCACUGGAGAGGGAGAUUUCGGGAGGAGCCAUGGCCGUCGUGGCGGUCCUGCUCAACAACAAGCUCUACGUCGCCAAUGUCGGUACAAAUCGUGCCCUUCUGUGCAAAUCCACGGUGGACGGGCUGCAGGUGACCCAGCUGAACGUGGACCACACCACAGAGAAUGAGGACGAGCUCUUCCGCCUCUCUCAGCUGGGUUUAGAUGCAGGAAAGAUCAAGCAAGUGGGGAUCAUCUGUGGGCAGGAGAGCACCAGACGCAUCGGGGAUUACAAGGUCAAAUACGGCUACACUGACAUCGACCUACUCAGUGCCGCCAAGUCCAAGCCGAUUAUCGCGGAGCCCGAAAUCCAUGGUGCGCAGCCCCUGGAUGGGGUGACUGGCUUCCUGGUGCUGAUGUCGGAGGGGCUCUACAAGGCUCUGGAGGCUGCCCAUGGGCCCGGGCAGGCCAACCAGGAGAUCGCCGCCAUGAUCGACACAGAGUUCGCCAAGCAGACUUCCCUGGAUGCCGUGGCCCAGGCCGUGGUGGACCGGGUGAAGCGCAUCCAUGGGGACACAUUUGCCAGCGGCGGCGAGCGUGCCAAGUUCUGCCCGAGGCAUGAGGACAUGACCCUGCUGGUGAGGAACUUUGGCUACCCGCUGGGCGAGAUGAGCCAGCCCACACCGUCCCCGGCCCCAGCUGCAGGAGGACGUGUGUACCCCGUCUCCGUGCCGUACUCCAGUGCCCAGAGCACCAGCAAGACCAGCGUGACCCUGUCCCUCGUCAUGCCCUCCCAGGGCCAGCUGCUCAAUGGGGCCCACAGCGCGUCCACCCUGGACGAAGCCACUCCCACCCUCACCAACCAGAGCCCGACCCUGACGCUGCAGUCCACCACCACGCACACACACAGCAGCAGUUCCAGCUCGGACGGGGGCCUCUUCCGCUCCCGGCCCGUGCACUCCCUCCCGCCUGGCGAGGGCGGCCGUGUGGAGCCUUACGUGGACUUUGCUGAGUUUUACCGCCUCUGGAGCGUGGACCAUGGCGAGCAGAGCGUGAUGACGGCACCAUAGCCCCGGCUGGGGGAUGUGGCCCGAGCAGGACCAGGCCUGGGGACAAGGGGGCCCAGAGCUCUGGGGCCGGAUGGGCCUUUUCCUGUGGUCUGCCUUUGCCGUGCGGGCCCAGGGAGCGCCCGGUCCUCAGCCUGCACCACACUCGCACCCCGCCGUCCUCGGUGCUGCAGAGAACGUUCUCCUGGAGAGCAGCCCUGCACACCGGCCCUGGCCGCGGCACCGGCAGUGGGGGGCUGGAGGCCCCUCCCUCAGGCAGACUCAGCCAGGACCGUUGCUGUUUCUCGGACAGACGGCUCAGGGUAGAAGCCGCGCUGGCCGGGGGUGGGGGUGGGGGCUGCCGUGUGCGGCAGAGCGCGAGGUGUUCCGCGGCCCAGCAUGCCAUGGGUCCGGCAGCCGCCGCUUUCUCUGCCCCUGCAGCCCGGGCUGGGGGUUCCCCCCUUCCUUCCUCAGCCUCCAGAGUGGAGCCCCGUGUGGCACCUGCACCUUCGAAGCCUGCGCCCAUCCCUGUGGGGGAUGGCCCCCCUGGGCCUUCCCAAGUUGUUGCCAGUAGUCAGUGUUCAGGAAGGCCAAGGGAAGCGUGGGGAACCUGGGUGACUACACAGGGGCAGGUCAAGUGAAAAGGACCGAGAGGGGACGGGUCCAAGGGGAGCACUGGUCCUGGAGCCCACUGGAGGGGGUAGGCUGGGUGUGGUUGGCCCCCCCCCAGACAUGGGGGUGCAGGAGAGGUGAGGACGUGGCCGCUCUUGUCAGGCUCCUCCAGGAGCGGGGGGGGCCCUGGAUCGGGGGGAGCCGGUGCUGCGUUGUUUUCCCUUCACCGCCACAGGUUGGGGAGCCACUACGAUUAGUCGUCUUUACCACUGACGAUGAGUCUGCCCGGCUUUAAGGAGAAAACGGGUCAAGAGUCAGGCCGGGGGCGGGGGGCGCAUUUGAAAGAACAGUGGGAAGGAGGUUCUUGGAUACCAGGUGCCCUGGGUGACUGGGGGCUUCAGAGACACGCCCCACUCUUAUGCCUGGGGACGGGACCGGGCCAGCCCAGGCCCCGAGAGCACGCCUUCUCAGCCUUUGGAGGGCAGAGACUGGCAGCGCCGUUCCUGCGGGCCCAGGACCAGGCAGGCCCAGGGGACUCACACGUGCCGGCUCCCACCGUCAGUGGUGCAGCAGAAGUCAGGAGGCCGCCCUGGAUCCCUCCCCAGCUCCCCAGCUCCCAGGCUCCUGCCCCGCGACGCCACAGGGACUGGCUGCCAUGUGCGGCCUCCGGGGCGCCCGGACUCUGGAC